AUGCGCCUCACUUCUUCCCCGAUUCUACUACAGAAGAAGGCGACAGGCGCGGCAAUACUAGCAUGGCUCUCGCCAUUGAAGACGACAGAGCUGAAGAACAUCGCGCAGGCGACGGGGAUCCGGAACGCGGGUCCUAAGAAGGCGCUUCAGCAGCGGCUCAGGAGGGAGUUGCUGCGCAGCGAGUUUGUGUAUGAGCAUUCGUUUGCUGAAGAACAACAGCAACAAGGAGGAGGAGGGUCGAACCGCCAGAGUCAUGGCCGUGACCUGAGCAUCUUGAGCAUCGACAUGGGGAUCCAGAACCUGGCUUUUGCGCAUUUGCUUGUCCCGGCAAGAACAGGGACAGUGACAGGGACGGCAAUGAAAGAUAGCAGCAGGCUGACGACGAUGAAGCCUACGCUCAAUGCAUGGCAUCGUAUUGCCGUUUCGGCGCUUCCUACUGGGACAGAUGCUGGCAGCAGUAAUAGCAAUAGCAAUGGUGAUGGUGAUGGACAGGUGCUAUUACCGCCGGAGGUAUUCCGUACCUUGGCGACGAGGCCAGGACAGACACCAUCAUUGCCAUCGUCGAAUGAAGCGGCCAACGAGGAUGUCGCUAGUACUGCUGAAGAAGCAGAAGCGGAGGCGGAAGCGGAAGCGGAAGCUGCAGCAGAAGAAGAAGAGCUGGAUGAAGGCGAAGAUCAAACCGAUCCUUUCAGUCCAGACAUCUACGCCGCACACGCCUACACGCUGCUCACCUCGCUCAUCGCGACGUAUCGCCCCACGCACAUCCUGAUCGAGCGCCAGCGGUUCCGGACCGGCGGGGGGCCAGCCGUCCAGGAGUGGACCUUGCGGGUGGGCGUGUUCGAGGGGAUGCUGUACGCGGUGCUGCACACGCUACGGCGGCUGGGCAAGUGUGCGGCUGAGGUGCAGGAUAUGGAUCCGAAGCGGAUUGCGCGGUAUUGGGAGAUAGAGAAAGUAGUUGAGGAGGAGGGUGAAGAAAAGAAGAAGAAUAAGAAGAAGACCAAGAAAGCGAGUCCUAGGGAAGUCAAAAAGAGGAAAAUCGACCUCGUGGGUCGGUGGCUGCAAGCUGCGAGGGAAGAAGCACCAUCACCAUCACCAUCACAAUCACAAUCAGCAAGGUUAGAUAUACCAUCAUCAUCGUCGUCAUCAUCACAAAAGCCAUCCGUGAGAGAGGUCGUCGACGCCUUCCUCCACAAAUGGAACGACGGCAAGCCGCGAGGGUCGCAGCAACCAAAGACGCCGACGAACAUCGACAAGCUGGACGAUCUGGCCGAUUGUCUCCUGCAGGGCAUCACCUGGUUAGAAUGGCAGGUUAUGCGGGAGAGAUUGGUGAGGGAGGGGUUGGAUGCGCUGAAAACGACGCGAGCGGGUAAUAGUAUCAAGAGAGAUGCUUUCGCUGAUGCUGAUACAUCGUAG